GUUUGCUGUCACGUGACAUGGAUGCAUAGUUUUACGAAAAUUAUUAUCUAAAAAUAUUAAUAAUCCUUACAUUUUAUAAAAAUUAAUUUAGUGUUUUUUAUCUACAUAUUAUGAUUUAUCAUUAGAAACUUGUAUCCAAUCGAUUUAUUCUUAUUGGACGAAAGCCUGUUGUGGCUUAACUUAAAUUAAAAAUGAAUUCUUCGAAUUGGAAGAACUGUAUAGUGCCACAGUGUAAAAGUACAACUCUAAAAACGCCAAACAAAUUAUUUAUUUAUGUUCCUCAGAAUGAACAAAUACGAAAAAAGUGGCUAAAACUUGCAAAGGGGGUUGAUUUUAAUAGUUUAUCAACAGUUUCAAGAAUGUAUUUUUGUGAAGAUCAUUUCGAUUUGCCAAAUGAUAUGGAAAAUUAUAUCGAGUACAUUGCUAUGGGAAAAGUAUCAAAAGUGUGUUUGAAACCAGGUUGUGCUCCAAGUAAAUUUGAAUGCCAAGAAGAUGGACGAAAACGACCAUGCAGCAGUACAGAACAGUCGGAUACAUUAAAAGAAAAAAGAAUGAUGGUGAUGGCAGAGGGUCUGAUUAAACCAGAAGGAAAUGGUACACCAAGUUCAUCUCUCAAAGAUACUUCUGAUAAAAGUUCGAAUGGAGCAAAUGUGCCAGAAAUUUUUUGUGAAGUGAAAUCAAGAGACGAGACAUUAUCACCUUUGAAACCGUCACUAAUAUCUGUUGCCACAUCCCCAUCAAAUGCUGAAAAUAUUUUAAAAUCAAGUCCUACUGUGUCCGACCUAAGAAAAAUUAAUGGAAAUAUAUUGAUUGAAGAAAAGCACUCUGAAAUUAUUAUUAAAAAUGAAAAAUUUGAUGAAAGUAAUUCAAUCGAACAUAUAACAAUUAAAGAAGAAAAUAAUAUAAUGGAGGAUCAUGAACCAAUUAAAAAGGAAAUACAAGAAGAAAAUGUUACAACAAAACACGAAAGGAUUGAUUUGAAUGAAGAGUUUUCCAUGGAUAAAUAUAAAACAGUUAAAGUUGAAAAUCAAUUAAAUGCAGAAGUUAUAAUAAAGAAGGAAACAUUUGAUGAAACUGUUUUUGAUCAUCAAUCAAUUCAAAGUGAAGACGAGAAUACUUCAUGUAACGUUUGUGAUAAAAAAUUUACUGAUCAAAGCACUUUAAUUGUACAUAAACGAAUUCAUAGCGAAGAAAAAUCUUUUUCAUGUACAAUUUGUGAUAAAACCUUUACUGUAAAACAUGAUUUAAUUCGACAUGAACAAAUCCAUACUGGAGAAAAACGUUUUUCAUGUUCAAUUUGUGAUAAAGCAUUUAAUUUCAAACACAAUUUAGUUAUACAUGAACGAACUCAUAGUGGCGAAAAACCUUUUUCCUGUGAAUUUUGUGAUAAAUCAUUUAGUCAGAAACUCAAUUUGGAUAAUCACAAAUGGACUCAUUCUGAAGAAAAACCUUUUUCCUGUAAAAUUUGUAAUAAAACAUUUACAACGAAAAAUAAUUUAAUUGUGCAUAAACGAAUUCAUAGUGGUGAAAAACCUUUUUCCUGUGAAUUUUGUGAUAAAUCAUAUUCUCAGAGAAGCAGUUUUGAUUAUCAUAAACGGACUCAUACUGGAGAAAAACUUUUUUCCUGUGAAGUUUGUGAUAAAUCAUUUACUCAGAAACUCAGUUUGGAUAAUCAUAAAUGGACUCAUAUUGAAGGAAAACCUUUUUCCUGUGAAAUUUGUGAUAAAGCAUUUACUUCCAAAAACAAUUUAAUUGUGCAUGAACGAAUUCAUAGUGGUGAAAAACCUUUUUCUUGUGAGUUUUGUGAUAAAUCAUUUACUCAGAAAAUCAGUUUGGAUUAUCAUAAACGGACUCAUACUGGAGAAAAACCUUACUCUUGUGACAUUUGUGGUAAAUCAUAUACACAGCAAAACAGUUUAGUUGUACAUAAAUGGACACACACUGGGGAAAAACCAUUUUCCUGUAACAUUUGCGAUAAAUCAUUUACUCAGAAAACCAUUUUAGAUAGUCAUACACGGACUCAUACUGGCGAAAAACAUUUUGUCUGUGAAAUUUGUAAUAAAGUAUUUACUUACAAACCCAAUUUACUUAGACAUGAACGAAUUCAUAGUGGAAGAAAACCUUUUUCCUGUGACGUUUGUGAUAAAACAUUUACUAUUCGAGACAAUUUAAUUACACACAAACGAAUGCAUACUGGAGAAAAACCAUUUUCCUGUGACAUUUGUGAUAAAUCAUUUACUACGCGAAGCAGUGUAAUUACACACAAACGAAUUCAUAGUGGAAGAAAACCAUAUUCCUGUGAGGUUUGUGAUAAAUCGUUUACUCAGAAAAGCAAUUUAGAUAAUCAUAAACGGACGCAUACUGGAGAAAAACCUUAUUCCUGUGAGGUUUGUGAUAAAUCGUUUACUCAGAAAAUCAGUUUAGAUAAUCAUAAACGGACUCAUACUCAAGAAAAACCAUUUUCUUUAACAGACUCUUAUUGAAGAAAAGCGUUUGUUAUAAAAAAUUUACUCGCACAAAAAUUUAAUG